UCAGAAUAACGGACUGAAAGCAAUGCCAAAGGAAGAAUAUUUUCAUACUGUGAUCCCGCGUAGGUGAGGUCACGUGCAAACUGUCGGUCGCGUCCCAUACGCCCCAGCACGUUGCAGUCUCUUUCUGCUGCUCAGCGCUGCUGAGUUAGGAUAUCACAUUGACUGCUGAAGCUACCCAGCACUCUCUCUAUAACCAAUUGACACACCGAAAAGAAAUCUGGCCCCCGGUAUUCAACAGGUGCCAGAUAAGUGGUCGGUCACCGGACGCGUCCCGCCAAGUUCAACACAGUGUCCAACCACGAUUAAUCAUUCUCGAAACAGAAAACAUCUCUCGACUGUAUACUAGUCCGUCGACAUGGCCCCGGGAGAAUAUCUAUCGUUGCGCCACAUACCGGAACUCGUAAAAUUAGCCUCUUUACAACCUGCCAACCAAGCGGAUUGUAUUCCAACGACCUUGUCGGGCCCGCUCCCAGCGGUAUCGCAGCGCUUGAGAGGCCGGCUCGAUUUGCGGAUAUGGGACUGGGAAAUUCAGCAUGCGCUCAAGUGUCACGGCUUGGAGCAUCUUCUUCGAAGCGAUCUACCUCGUCCCGACAAAACCCACGCCAAAUUUGCACUCUGGCGCCAUUGGUCAAUCACUGUCCGAAGAUGGAUGAAUCGCCAGCUCUCUCGCAAAAUGAAAGCGAAGUUGGGGGCCUCUCGCUGUGCUAAAAAAUACGCGGAUGAUGCCUACAAUGUCAUCCGAGAUCUUGGCUCGCACUACAACCACGCCAUAUGCAAGGCCACGUGGUUUAAGCUAAUCAAGAUGCGGCGGUCUCACUACACUACUGUGGCGCAAUACAUAUCCAGUUUUCAGCGAGCAUAUAUUGACGCGAAGGAGUUGGGGUGCGGUAUUAGUCCCUACUGCGGGCUGCUUGAAAUCCUUCGUGAACUCGAGUCAGAUCUUUCGUAUUGGGUCGCCACGGUGUUAAUAUUCUUGCCUGAAGAUGCAGUGACCGAUUAGACUGACGCUGAUUUGUUCAAAUCCUGUCGCAUGGCAAUAGAGCAAGAUGAUAUGUUAAACCAAAGGAAUCUUAGGGUUGCGAGAGGCGGGUGAUUUCUUCCACUUGUGCCUUUCGAGAGAAUAAAAACCCAAGAUGAAAGACAGAGAAUUUGUAGAGAAAUAACGAUGGAUAUCUGACCUCUUGGGGAAUUAUCACAUUCCAGAUCCUCACUUGCAAUGGCCAAUGCACCACAGGAAUGAGCUAGCACAGUAGG